AUGCCGCCCGCCAACUCGCCUGACGACGCGGAGCCCACCUUCAUCUCGGCCCUGCGCGAGCUCGAGAGCCCCGUAAACGACGACGUGCUCAACCUCGCCGCCACGCUGGGCACCCCGACGGACGAAGCAGGCAUCCCCAGCGACGACGACAUCGAACGCGCCCACGUCGACUAUCUCCGCGCAGCACGUGAGCGCGACCAGGCGCGGUUGGACCGGUCCCAGGAGCGAUUGCGCCUGCUGGAAAGGCAGCGAGACGAGCUGGAGCAGCGGGACCGCCUGCGCCGCGUCAUGUCACGCCUCAGCCGCCUCAGCGACAACAACUACGGCGACCGCGUGCCCAGUCAGAACAGCCUGUAUGACUGGUCGCCGGCCACAGAGGCCCCGGGCGCGCCCGAGAGCUCGCUGAGGUCGACGGCCAUCCUCCAGUCGGCAGGCGUGCGCCGCCAUCCACGCUUCUCAGCGCGCACCAGGGAAGCCGCCACCAGCAGCGAAGCACCGCCACGCCACGCUUCACACCGCAGCCUCAGAGACAUGCUUGCCGCCCGAUCCAGCCUCUUCCCCGAGACCGUCCAGCGAGAACGCUCCGCCCGCCAGAUGUCUUCGCACCGAGACUCCGAGGCCCGCACGUCGCCCAUGCUGGAGCAGACCGUCAAGUACCUGUCGCGCAUACGCCACUCGCGCGACGACGACGAGAGCUGGGAGCGUGCGCGAGACGCCGGUUUCCUGACCAAGGACUUCUUCCUGCAGCACGCAGACUUCGUCGCAAACACCCUCGCCAUACCGCCGCCCACCGAGACAUCGUGGCUGGCACCGGGCGCGAUACUCUCGGGCUGUCAGCAUGCGACGACCAUGCCCGCUGCCGCGACCACCACAUACAGCCGGCACACGGGACUCCCACCGCCCAUUCGACCGUGGAUAUGGAAUCCCAGCGAAGUCUCCACGAGCCGGAACUCGCAGCCCGACGCACAACCGCACCAAGACCGAUGGCCCGUCAAGGUUACCAUACACGACGUCGACUGGGAGCAGAUGUCUCUCUCCGCAACUAUGGAAGCGUAUAACGUACCUUCCCACCCGCAUCCGCACACCAUGUUUUCCCCCAACAAUGCCACACCGUCCGUCACGCGCACAUCUUCUAUCACAACCUACCUCGAAGGCGAGAUCCUCGACUUCAACAACUACACCCUCCUCACCGAAUCCUUCAAAUCAAACGCCGCAAACGACGCAACAUAUUGGCGCAAACUGCCCCCGUUCCAGAAGAUGAGCGAUGAAGACGUGGUCAGGGCAUUAACAAGCAAGAAGUGGCUCACCGAAGUCCUGGGCCAGAACUGGAUACUCAUGCGCUGGAAAGAGCGAUGUUUUGUAAAGAGCCUGAACCGCAGCACCCCUGACCCCGUUCAGCCCCCACCCUCCACCACGAUACCCUCCUCCUUCUCCGCCGACCCUCCACCGUCCAAUCCCUGGGCCUCGACGGGUUCCUCCAACUACGCACCUGCCGCUCCUACCUCGACGCAUACCUCGCAACUCCAGCCCUCGCCCUACCGCAUAGUCCGCAACGCGCAAACUGGCCGUGCCGAGGUCGAAAUCACACCACAACCGCUCUUCAAUUCCGUAACGAACGACGCCGAACAAGCGACAUUCGAUGACUCAGGCUGCGGGCUUACCAUCAGCGGGUUCUACUACGUGGCCCUUGACCGGAGAAGCGGGAUGCUGGAAGGGUUGUAUUAUGAUCCGCAGAGCAGUCCGUAUCAGUGUUUAAAGUUGGAGAGUGUCAACGGUGGACUGAGAACGGCGUGGAGUUUCAGAUGA